AUGCCGCAGCGCGCGGGCAGCAUCUCGCACGGCUUCGGCUUCAGCGGCGCGGCUGCUAACGGCGGCACCGAGUUCAUGUCGACGCUGCCCCCGCCCAAGGGCGAUCUCGACGAGUGGGACCGCACGCGGCCGUGGAACCAGCAGCCGGGCGCCAGCGCGCCGCUCGUGUUCAAGGACGCCAUGUCGGUGCGCGAGGAGGUGUUUGGCGAGCAGGGCGUGCCGCUGGAGGCCGAGUUCGACGACGACGACGCCCGCAGCUGGCACUGGGUCGUGUACGCGUCGGUCGGUACGUCGUCUGCGUCGCCGCCCAAGGCCCUGCUCGCCCGCAGCGACUCGGGCAACACGCCCGCCGACGACGCCCGCCGCGCCUCGGCCACGGCCACGCGCCUCCCCGUCGGCACCAUCCGCCUGAUCCCCCCGCCCCACGGCCCCAACAAGUACGCCGCCGACCCGCACCCGGACGCCGACACGCCCGCCGCCCUGGCCGCCGCCCACCCCGCCGAGCCGUACGUCAAGCUGGGCCGCCUGGCCGUGCUGGCGCCCUACCGCAAGCUCAACCUGUCCAAGCUGCUGGUGAAUGCCGUGCUCGACUUCGCCGCCCAGCAGCCCGACGCCAUCUACGUCCCGCCGUCGCCCACCACGCGCGAGCUGGCCGCCCUGCAGGGCCCGGGCGCCGCCCGCCCGCUGUCGUGGCAGGGCCUCGUCAUGAUCCACGCCCAGGCCCCGCUGAAGCACAUGUGGGAGAAGCACGGCUUCCGCGAGGAGCUGCGGACCGACGCCGGCGCCGUGGAGAUUGCCGCCGAGCCGCACUGGAUCGAGGAGGGCAUUGAGCACGUCGGCAUGUGGAAGCGGCUGAAGAUUGCCCCGGGCAGGUUGUAG